GUGGCCUAGUGAUCGGUGAUGGCCGCCUCCACGACUCCACGAAGGCGUCCUCAGGGCGCGGCCGCGUGCGCCGGCGUCGGCGUGGUGGCGCUACUCCUGCUGCAGAGCGCGGGCGCCGUGCAGCUCUCCGAGUUCUACCCCUUCGGCGCCAGCGUGGGCCCCAACGUGAGCCAGCAGGCGCUGCCCACCAGCUACUCCAGGGACAGCGCCAGCGUGGAGGCGCGGCUCCGAGUGCCCAUCCACUUCUACGACGUCGCCUACGAGAGCGUCUUUGUGAACACCAACGGGCUGCUGUCCUUCCUGACCGACAUCCCGCAGUUCCUGAACCUGCAGUUCCCCCUGGACUACCCGGUGAUCGCGCCGUUCUACGCCAACGUGGACACGAGCGCGUCCGGGACCGUGUACUUCUAUGAGUCGGAGGAGGCGGCGGACCUGCAGAAGGCCGCGGUGAGCGUGCGGCGCUCCUUCUCGUCGUCCACCUUCCAGCCGACCUCGGUGUUCGUGGCCACGUGGGAGCGCGUCGGCUACUUCAGCCAGGGCGCCGACAAGGUGAACACGUUCCAAGUGGCGGUGAGCAGCGACGGCACGCAGUCCUACGCCGAGUUCCUGUACGCCGACGACGGCAUCCAGUGGGUGCGCGGCGUGUCCCGGCAGCAGGGGCUGCCCGACGCGCGCGCGCAGGUGGGCUUCGUGGGCGGCGACGGCAGCUUCUUCGAGGUGCGCGGCUCCGGCACGGACCACGUCAUCAACGUCAACAAGUGGACCAACGUGAACGUGCCCGGCCACUACGCCUUCCGCAUCAGCCCCACCGAGGACCACCAGAUCGUGCAGGCCGACCUCGCCGACGCCGCGCCCGUGGACAACGCGACGUGCGUCAACGACAACACCCUGUGCCACUCGUUCGGCCGCUGCACCGAGACGGUCUCCGGCGAGUCCUGCUGCGUCUGCAACGACGGCUACUACGGCAACGGGCGGCAGUGCCUGUCGCAGGUGGUGCCGCUGCGGGUGAUGGGUCGGCUCUUCGGCGUGCUGAACGAGAUCAACAUCACGGCGCUGGACCUGCAGUCGUACGUGCUGGUGCAGGACGGCCGCUCGUACACGGCGCUGUCCCGGGUGCCGGCCGACGUGGGCGCCGAGCUGCAGCUGCUCACCCCGGUGGCCAUGUCCAUCGCCUGGAUGUUCGCCAAGCCGGCGGCCGUGGGCGCGCCCAACGGCUUCACGCUCACCGGCGGCACGCUCACGCACUCCAUCGAGCAGUUCUUCCCGCAGUCGGGCGAGCGGCUCACGCUCACGCUGCGCUACCUGGGCCUCGACGUGUUCGACCAGCUGCGCCUCGAGGUGGAGGUGCAGGGCGCGGCGCCCAGCCUGCCGGCCGGCGCCAAGGUCAACAUGGUGGAGCACGAGGAGUUCUUCACGCGCCAGGCGCCCGGCGUGCUGCACGCCAGCUCGCGCCAGGCCUACACGCUGGACGACGCGCCGCUGGAGCACCGCUUCACAGUGGAGCAGCGCAUCGAGUACGCCGAGUGCGGCAUGCCGGCCUGGCUGGACGACGCGGUCGCCGCCCCCGCGGACUCCCAGGACGAGGCGCAGGGGCUGAAGCUCAAGGCCUCGCUCAGCCUCAUCUCCUUCGAGCCCAGCGACAACAUCGUGCGGUUCGCGCCCAUCGCCAAGAUCACCAACAAGCUGAACGAGACCGACCCCUGCGAGGAGGGGCGCUACCGCUGCGGAGCCAACUCGUUCUGCGCGCCGUCCGGGGACUCCUUCGAGUGCCACUGCAGUGCGGGGUACCAGAAGCUGGUCACGGAGGAGACGGUGCAGAACGGCGUGGAGGAGUGCGUGGACAUCGACGAAUGCCUGCUGGGCCGCCUGCCCUGCUCGCCCAACGCGCGCUGCAUCAACACCCCUGGCGGCUUCUCGUGCGAGUGCCUGCCUGGCUUCCAAGGCAACGGCGCCUCCUGUGAACCCGUGGUGACGCAGCGCUCCUGCGCCGAGCUGGGCUGCGACCCCGUCGCCGGCGACUGCAGGGACAACAGGUGCUUCUGCGUGGAGGGCUACGAGGGCGACGGCUACCGGUGCAGGCCCGUGCGGGUGGACCCCAGGGAGCAGGACCGCAGGCAGCCCGACCCGAGGUACCCCGACGCCGACCCAAGAUACCCCGACCCGAGGCAGCCCGACCCGAGGUACCCCGACCCCGACCCAAGGUAUCCCGACCCUAGGUACCCAGACCAGAGGCAGCCCGAACCAGAGCCAUACCCGCCACGCAGCAACCCCAACUACCAGGCGCCGCCGCCAGCGCCGCCCUGCACCGUGGCCGAGGACUGCUCGCCGCACGGCGUGUGCACGCUGGACGAGCGCACGGGCGCCAAGGCCUGCGUCUGUCUGCACGGCUUCGACGGCGACGGCAUCACCUGCCAGCACGUGGACCUGCAGCCGCACUGCGACCCGGACGGCGUCAGCAACUGCGUCUGCCCCGAGGCCUACAUCCUGGACACCAAUAUCUGCCUGCCCGCGGCCGAGGCGGCCGAAGAGUCCGAGAUCUCCUGCGACUCGGCCAACAACUGCCACCCGCACGCCUCCUGCGUGUACGUGCCCGCGCUGCUGCAGCACAAGUGCGUCUGCAACGUCGGCUUCAGCGGCGACGGCUUCGAGUGCUCCAACAACGCAGGGUCGUGCCUGGACCUGCAGGACUGCCACCCCUACGCCGAGUGCAAGCUCCUGGAGCACGAGGACCGCUACGACUGCGCGUGCAGGGCUGGUUUCAAGGGCGACGGCCGCCUGCAGUGUGUGCGCGACGAGCCGCCCGGCUGCGAAGUGACGCGCGACUGCCACCCCGAGGCGCGCUGCAUGCCGGUGGGCCGCAAGUACCAGUGCGUGUGCGGCGCGGGGACGCAGGGCGACGGCAAGACGUGCGAGCGGACGACGCCGCCGGGCUGCGAGGUGCUGCAGGACUGCGGCCGCUUCGCGGAGUGCCUGCGGGUGCGCGGCGAGGCGGGCUACCGCUGCCAGUGCCUGCCCGGCUACCUCGGCGACGGCUACCGCUGCGACGUGGACUCCAGCCGGCAGCGGGAGCGCGAGCGCGAGUGGGAGCGCCUGUCGUGCGGCCCGGCCGGCAGCCGGCGCUGCACCGAGAAGGACUCGGACUACAUGGUGGUGGCGCAGGGCAUGGCGCUCAUGAAGGUGCCGCUGCUGCCGCCGCAGACCGCGUCGCAGGCCGGCCAGCCCCUGCAGAUCCACUACUUCCAGGAGGCCAUCGGCGUAGAUGUGGACUGCGAAGAACAGCGGAUUUACUGGAGCGACGUCGCCAGCAAGUCCAUCAAGAGCAUGUUCUACAACGGCACCGGCAUCAACACCUUCCUGGACGCGGAGAUCGUCAGCCCCGAGGGCAUCGCCGUGGAUUGGGUGUCCAGGAACAUCUACUGGGCCGACUCCUCCAAGGACACCAUCGAGGUGGCCAGCUUGGACACCAAGGGGAGGACCACCCUGGUGCGCGACGGCCUGGUCAACCCCCGAGGCAUCGCUCUGCACCCACAGAGAGGCAAACUGUUCUGGUCUGACUGGGACCGCGCGGCGCCCAAGCUGGAGUGGGCCAACUUGGACGGCUCCCAGAGGGAGGUGUUCCUGCAGGGCAACGCCGUCAAGCUGCCCAACUCGCUGGCCAUCGACUUCGACAGGGACGAGCUCUGCUGGGCGGACGCGGGCACCAAGUCCAUCGAGUGCAUCGGAAUCAGCAGUGCCAUAAGACGUACGGUUGUCGCAAACGUGACGUACCCGUUCGGGCUGGCCAUGUCUGAGGACAACUACUUCUGGACGGACUGGCAAAGCCACAAGGUGGAGAGCGCUUCGCGUCCGGAGGGCGCGCCCAGACCGGCCAAGGACGUGCCCCUGGGCGGCUCGGGCAAGAUGUACGGGCUGGUGGUGGUGCCGGAGGCGUGCAAGAGAAUGCAAAACCCCUGCGGCUGGCAGCGGGGCUACUGCAACCCAGACCAGAUCUGCCUGCCCGACGGGCACGGCAACAGGCGGUGCGUCUGUCCGGAGAACCAAACGUGCGUCGAAGAGUGAAGAGUCACGCCGCGCGUCGCUCGAAGCGUCUUACUACUUACAGCGGAGCAGGCGGAGCCUCCGUCCCUUCCGCUUCCACCCACUGACGCACGGUGUGGAGAGACACUCUGACUCCACACCGUGCACCGACGACAUGCUCGCAUGCGCAGCAAUGCACAGCAACGCGCAAACUGCCCGCAGCGGCACUGCAGACGGCACCCUGGAGGAUGACACUGUUAAAAAAAAGGUUUUGUCCGAACGACCCAAACUAUCAGUUGACCUUCUGAAUCGGUACAACAUUCCUAAGGAAAUCAACUAAAUUUUGAUUAAUUCAAUUCCACGUUUUUGAUAGUGUACGCUGCUAGUUAUUUAUUGCUGUUAUCCACGCUUCGGCGACACUUUACCCGAUUUGCACUGUCGCUGCUGUUAGAAUCAGUAUUUGUUAAAUGGUUGAGGAGAUUUUAAUUUUGAUAUUUGAUUAAAACGUCCAGGAAUCAGUGUCAGGAAUGGUAGAUUGUAAAAGCGGUAGUUUCAAAGUCUUUUUUAUUGUGAAACGAAAAUAAAACAAUUUUGUAA